ACGUGCGUGCACGCAGUAGAAAUCAAAUGUUUGAUCUUUUCUUUACAACUAAAGUCAACGAGCGUCCAACAGUCCGCUGGAGCGCAUAAAAAGCAACAUUUAUUCCUCUCAGUUAUUGCAAACAAAUUUGGCUUUUUCAUUCUUGUUUGGACUUCAUUGAACGUGUUGCCAGGCAACGUGAAGACAACAAAGUCCACCGGAUAAGCUUUUUUCCGCGAACAAAAUGAACUCCAAAAACACCAAAGAUCCCAAGACUAACGGCCUUCCAAGCACCAAGUCCGCUGCAAAGAAGGCACAUCAAGGAGUCAAAGGUCAGAUCUCCCAAAUUCCAGGACUUUCUCCCAUCGUCAACACAGGUGAAGACAAGAAGAACAUCGGCAAGAGAGUUGGAGUUCUUGACAGCGACUCAGAUUACAUCAAACUGGCGAAACAAGGAGGUCACAAAGGACUUCUGUACUUCGAUGAGACCAACAAGUCGUGCUCCACAGACCUGCUGCUGGACGCUCCAGUAGAAGCUUUUGGAAAUCUCAGUGUGGUCUGCAACAAGGAGAAGAAAGGUCAGGAAGGUUCCUCACAAAGAUCUCUGCCUCCUUUCUGGACUGACAACAUGUCCACCUGGGAACGAGACGACGGCAGCACAGACAAGAAAAAGAAGGUUCCUGACAAACAGUUGGUCCAAAGACAGAUGCCCGUCUUUAUUAAGGACAACAUCAAAUUCAGGAGAACAAACUCCACCAUGAAAACGUCUCCAGUCAACAUGUCCAAGUUGUUGAGUUUUGGUUACGCAGACGAUGACAAAACAGCUGUGGAGUCAUGUAACUCAGUCUUGUAAAUAUUGAUUAUUGAUUUCAUCACAACUGAUUAAAGGACCUAAAAUUACUGUAAAUAUUGAUUAUUGAUUUCAUCACAACUCAUUAAAGGACCUA